GCCUCUUCCGCUCAUCACGACCUUCCACAUGCUCUUCAUUUCCUACUGCUCCCUCCCUGGCCUUGUCAACCGCUCCCAUUCAUAUCAUAUGUGCUCUUUCAUCGGCUUUGGGACGAGCCACAUGUCGUUCCCACCUGCCACGUCGACCCCCACCAUCCCGCCGUCCUUAACGAGCAUCACGACGUGGAGGCCGGACCAGGCUCUAUGGAGGAGGCAUGGUCUGCGUUGGCAGGAAGCGCUAGCGAAGGAGAGCUAAUAGCUUCCGUCAGCCGUGCAGCAGCUGUCCUCCCCGUUGAACUACAGAAGGCCCUCGCCCAACAAGCCGUAAUAGCUCCACGGCCUUCAAAUCCCAUUCGUUCUCUCCUUCCGCUUGAUACGCUCGACUACACGCUCAACGAAGUCAUCCUAUUUGCGUUGUUUGAAGCGAAGGUGGAGGAAGGUUUGCGCCUGCGUUGGCCAAUGGCCAUACGAGUUCGAGGAUAUUGCCUUCCCUUUGCGGUUCCGCGUUUUUCGUUUCGAGGAGAGGCCGAGAAGGAAGUGGAGAUCUUUCUGGUUUGGGCUGCUGAGUUAAGUAUGAUGUCGUGCUUUACGUCCUUCAUGUCCAUGCCACUAUGA